AUGCCGAUAGAUCACCGAACUGUUUUUGAUAGCGCACCUCUCGGCGCUGCAGUGCCGCACAAUUUCUUGCUCACACAAGGAUGGAUGAUAGUACUCCCCAGACGAAGAGCGGCUGUCAACAAAGAGGCUGGAGUGAAUGCCAUUGGCAUGAUGGGCGUUAUUGCUGUUGCAACACAGGGCGAGAUCGACAACUGGAUUAGACUUAGACCAGCUACAGCUCUCGCAGACCUUGGCGUGUCAAAGUAG